UGCUAUACUGCGCCUGCGCGGACACGCGUCCGUUCUCCGACAGGCGGUAUAUUGUGUUAGUGACGGGGAAGAAACCCGGACACGGAGCUGCUCGGAAACUUUUUGAACUCGAGCGACGGCGACAACUAACGUACUUCUGGACUCGGGGAGUAAUGGCGGACCGCGGAGAGGAAAGAGUAUUGAUAACGGGGGCGUGACACGGCGGCGCGCCCGUCUCUGACACAGUCAGUCAGCUACAGCAGCAACACGGAGUUAAUGUGAAACAGAUGUGCGCGCGCUAGGCGGCUGCACGAGACGCGCUCUCCUUGGCUCGUACCGCCCAGAUCGACGGAAGGAGCGCGCGAUCCUGUCCGGGAUUCCGUUCCCAUCCCUCGUCUGAGGAGUUACUGACUGUCGGAAGAGUGACAUAGACACAGAAAGUAACUCUUAAGGACACUCACACUGUGUGUGUGUGUGUGUGUGUGUGUGUGUGUGUGUGUGUGUGUGUGUGUGUGUGUCUGUCAGUCAAAUGUGUAACUGCCUCAGGGGUUAGUUAGUAGUACUUGUACAGUCAGUGCUGGGCAGUCAGUGCUGCGGCGUCCUGGGGGCCGUUUUUAGUAACUGUGUAAUUAUGUGUGUGUGUGAAACCCUGGCUGUGUGGACCUGGUGAUCAGGUGACGACCAGGUGGGGGUGUCUCUCACACACACAAACGCACACCGCUGCUCAUCGAUGUGUGCCAGCGGGCUGCUCUGCUGUCUGUCGUGACCCCUGGAGAGGGCACCGAAACUGCACCCACAGCAAGGACCCUGAGCGGACCCCCCCUACCUGAGGGGUCCCCAUGGAGAAGAGUCCGGGGAAUGGACCCCACAACCCUUCGCAGCCCUUGGCCCACGAUGAGGAGGACAAGCUCCUGGAUGGUGACAGGCAGCCUGACAGAUAUGGAUUCAUUGGGGGGCCACAGCAGAGCCCUGGCAGCAUAGGCCAUGAGGUGCCACCUGAGGUGCUGCGGCAGCGCGAGGGCAAGUGGCUCGACAUGUUCAACCACUGGGACAAGUGGAUGGCCAAGCGGCACAAGAAGGUGAAGGAGCGCUGCCAGAAGGGCAUCCCCCCCUCGCUGCGUGGCCGUGCCUGGCUCUACCUGUCAGGGGGGAAGGUGAAAAGGGAACAGAACUGUGGCAAGUUUCAGGAUCUCGACAGGCACCCAGGUGACCCCAAGUGGCAGGACAUUAUUGAGAGAGACCUGCACAGGCAGUUCCCUUUCCACGAGAUGUUUGUGGCUCGAGGAGGCCACGGUCAGCAGGACCUGUACCGCGUGCUCAAGGCCUACACCCUGUACCGGCCCGAGGAGGGCUACUGCCAGGCCCAGGCACCCAUUGCUGCCGUGCUCCUCAUGCACAUGCCCGCAGAGGAUGCCUUCUGGGUUCUCAUCCAGAUCUGUGAGAAGUACCUCCCUGGGUAUUACAGCCCUGGACUGGAGGCAGUGCAGCUUGAUGGCGAGAUCCUGUUUGCGCUGCUGCGGCGCGUCUCGCCCAUCGCCUACCGACACCUCAAGAAGCACAAGCUGGAACCCAUCCUGUACAUGACGGAGUGGUUCAUGUGUGCCUUCUCUCGAACCCUGCCCUGGUGCUCGGUGCUGCGCAUCUGGGACAUGUUCCUGUGUGAGGGUGUGAAGGUGAUCUUCCGUGUGGCACUGGUGCUGCUGCGGUGCAUGCUGGGAAGCCAGGAGAAGCUGAAGGCGUGUCCCGGUCAGUAUGAGACCAUGGAGCGGCUGCGCGCUAUCGACCCACAGUACAUGCACGAGUACUUCCUGGUCCAGCAGGUGCUGGAGCUGCAGGUGUCUGAGAGGGAUGUCGAGAAGGAGCACAGCGCUCAACUGCGCCGCUGGAAGGAGGCACACGGCGACUUCAACUCCAAAUCCCCUCCCAGAAUGCACGGCGCACGUGCCAUCAUGGCUGCUGAGCCACCAAGCCGACAGGACUUGCGGCAGAACCCCACCAUCAUCGUGGCCUCGUCUCCACCCCCUCCCGGGGAUGAGAAGGUGCCAGUGCCUGGCCUGGUCGAGCACUGCUCUGAGUCGCAAACCCCUCUGGGCCAAACGGACCCGAAGGGAUCCAGUCAGAGCCUGAGCAGCACGGAGCAUGACACCUACCUGUAGCCUGGGGUCCUAAGGGGUGGAGCCAGCUGCAAGGGUUGUUGGGAAACGGGUGUGAAACAAGUGCGGGCAAUGUGUGAGGAGAAGAAGAGGUGCUUCUUCUGGGAGAUGGUGAUGGGAUCAGGGACCCUGGUGACAUAGGUUCCGAUUUCACACCACCUUAACCGAGCAAUUGUUUUAAAACAGCGCUAUUGUUGGAUGAGUGGGAGAUGACAUAUCCCAUUGGGAGAGGAGACACUGUCUUCCAUGUUCAUACUCAGUCCACAAUGGGCAUGAGAGCAGCCAUAUUGCUCAGCCAGCAGGGGGAGCCGUUGAGACACACUCGCGCUGUUCUAAUGUUCAAGUCCGUGUGACCGGUGUGCCCGCGUCUGUCCUCCACUUGGAGGCUUGUCCAUUCCGGAUGUCUCGUACCAAAGCUUAUCAAAUACGUCAACAAAUGCGUGAAUUUAUUGGGAUCAUAUUUGUAGUGUUUCCUGUCGCUGCCUUCACUUCCUGCUCUCAUGUCAAGGGUGAUGUUAAUACAUGCUGUUGUUCCAGGGGCCAGCAGGGGGAAGCGAAGGCUCUCUUACUGUGCUUGUGUCCCAUGGUAAAGUAAAACUGUACACCUCAAACCCCGCUGCACACUGACAGUGCAGAAUCAACAUCCUAACCCCCUGCCCCCAGCCUUUUUUUUUUUUUUUCUCCCCCC